CCUCGGUUAAUAACGGCUACCUGAAUGAUCUUAUGGCGGCUAUGCCACGACUGUAACUGGUCGGAAACUAACUCGUACUUUUACUGCGACGCACCUUCUUUGCCAGACCAGUAUUCUAGCGAUCGUCGUUAUUUUACAGCAAAGUUCGCAGUGGUGUUGGAGAAUAAUUGUGAUUUCUUGAUACGCAAACCGUGGAGGGCGUCCAAAUGAAAGCUGGAAUCGAGGGUAAAGCGAAGAGCAUGGAGACUGUUCUGCUCUCGGAGACGAAGAUCAAACGCGGCUCCAUGGCAGAAGAGGACCCGAAUGGCAAUGAGCACGGAGCCGCUGUCUGUUGUAGUCGAGCCCCGCGGUGGGGACCGCAGCACCCCGGGGCCCGGCAGCUAGCUGAGCUCUACUCGCCCGUUAAACGAUUACAGGAGUGGAUCAGUGUCAUCUUGUGCAUCUCCCUUGUAACGAUCAACUUUAUUUUCCUGUUGAUAAACUUCUCCACAGUUUAUAUUUACAAAAUUAUAAUCGGCACAAUUGCUGGGAUAGUUACUGCUGAUUUUGCCUCCGGUCUGGUGCACUGGGGAGCGGACACGUGGGGCUCUGUUGACAUCCCGGUCAUUGGGAAGGCGUUUGUACGGCCGUUCAGAGAGCACCACAUCGACCCCACUGCAAUAACCCGACAUGACUUCAUCGAGACCAAUGGGGAUAACUGCAUGAUCCCAGUCCUCCCACUGGCUCACAUGGCGUACACGUUCAUGAGCCACUCCUCAGAGUCUAUAGCUGAGUCCUACCCCUGGGAAUGCUUCGUCUUCGCACUGUCUGUUUUCGUCAUGAUGACCAAUCAGAUUCACAAGUGGUCCCACAUGUACUUCGGUCUGCCUCACUGGGUCACUGUCCUGCAGGAUCUGCACAUCAUCCUGCCGAGAAAGCACCACCGCAUCCACCACGUGUCGCCCCACGAGACCUACUUCUGCAUCACCACAGGGUGGCUCAAUUACCCUCUUCACUGUGUAGGGUUUUGGAGGUGGAUGGAAGACUUGAUAGAGAGGCUAACGGGAAACAAACCACGGAGCGACGACCUGAAGUGGGCAGAGAAAACAGAAGAAGACUUUAACAGAGAGCCUUUCUGUAGCAGGAUAGCACAGAGCACCUUGAAGAGUACCUGUCAGAGCAGAACAAGCAGCAUUUACAGCAGAGAUGGGAGUCGAGGACAUAUACUCACUAAAAACACUAGCCCGCAAAUGAAACAGAAGCUCAAGUCUUUGUCAGUUUUAACAUGAAAGAUACUGCCAUAGAUUUCACAUGCUGGUCACGCUUUAGUUCAAGGAUCUGUUUUGUACAACCGUCUCACAUAGUAAUGUUUUAAUGGAACAUGACUUCAGUAAAGCUUUCAGAGUCAUUGUAGCGUUUCUCAGUCUGUCUGAGUUCAUAUUUAUGACUGCUUGUUCACAACGGACCCUUACCCCUAAUGUAAUCGCAAGCGCUCUUUAAUACUACAGAAUAUCGAAUUUCAUUUAUGAAAGAAGUGUCUUACUAUUUAGAAGCAAAAAAUAAUACAAUGAUGUUUAACAUAUCCUUUUAUCAUGAAGGAACCAAUAUGGAUAAAUGCAGUUAGCCGCUGUGGUCUUUUUCAGUGUUAGCAGGGCAGUGUGUGAUACUCAUGUUGCUGAAGGACUGUAUCAUGUGUAUCUUGUGCAUAUAGAAGGGAGGGUGGGGUGCAUUCUCUCCAUUGUUACUGGGAUUCACAGCCUGUUCUCUGAGGUAGCGCUGUGGUUACUAUUGUAUGUUGACUAGUGUUUGGUAGCUAAACUAAGCAGCAUUGUAAUGGUAAUACUUUAUAGAAAGAAAGACUGGAAGAUGGGCUCUCCAGAUAAAAACACAAAGCUAUGCUAUCUUGCACAUGCAACACAAUUACAAAACAAAGUGAUCUCACAGAAGGGCUUUCAAAGCUAAACAAGAGUGAUCGUAAUAUUGAUAAUGAUCAAAUAAAGGCUUUGAUUUUUGUGUUACAAUAUUGCACACCAACUUCGUAUUAACAUGUACUGUAAAAACUAAUUUAGUGUUCUUUUUUAUUUUAAUUUUUUUAAUUUCAUUUUGAGAAUUUGUUACAUUUUCGACUGGCUUUGUAUUACUACCAAGCAAACUAUAGCUGUUAAAUGCUGAUCAGCCUUAACUCGUGUUCUGUUGAUUGUAUGAAACAUGUAUUUAAUAAGAAUAAAGGAAAGUACUU